UCUCUUCAGUCCAUCUUUGCGUUGAUACAAAGUUUAGGAGCAAUACAAAGAAGAUGACGAGCCAUUUUCGCGGCAGUGACACGAUCAUGAUCAUGGCUUUCUUGGUUUUCCUCCCCUUUCUUGAAAUUCCGGUGAUGGCCGGCGGAUCGGAGGACAUGACAAUAGAUAAUCCCAUCGCGGAGCUGUCCAGCAGAGACGAGUUGGUGCAUAUGGCUGGUUACGGAGAAGAGAAGCUGUCCACGGUUACCAUCAGCGGCAAGCUACUCUGUCAUGCCUGUGCGGAUAUCCAUGAUCAUCAUCAUCAGGCUAACCAGUUAGACCAACCACUUCCCGCACCAGCUCCCGUCUCAGGUGCGUCCGUGGCAGUUUUCUGCGGUACUAGCUGGAAGUCAAGAAAAUCUUGCGCACGAGCUACCACAGAUGAAUAUGGAGACUUCCUCAUCGAUCUCCCUUCCCAUCUCCAUGCAAUUCCAAAUCUAGAAAAAGUAUGUCUCGUUAGAGUCCUCCAUCUAUCAAAGAACUCCGACUGCCGUCCGGCUUUCACAGGAAAACACAAGGCUAUAAGACUGCUGUCCAUUGAGGAUGGUUCCCGUGCUUACACAGUGAAAACAAUACAUUUGACAACUAAACAUUCAAAGUCAUGCAGAAAUGUUUCAAGGAACAGCAAAGACAUGAUACAUGUCUACUACCAGGAGAAAGGAAACUAAUAGACCUCAGCUUAUCUUGAUGGCGCUUCUUCAGUCACAACAAAGUUGCGGUUUUCAAUAUUUUCCCUUGUAACCAUGUAAAGAAGUUGUUCGCAGGCGCCACAUCAGGCACAGGCUUUACAACUGUGAGUGUGUGUGUGUGUGUGAGAGAGAGAGAGAGAGAGAGGUGUAAAUCAGAAUAUUGUACAGUUUAAGUGCCACGGAAAUCUCUGCUUGGCGACUAUAUAUCUAUCACCCUUUAUUACUCAAACAAUUAAAUCUG